AUGAAGAUCGGUGAGAUUAUUGACCUCUUGGGCUCUGUUCCGCCGCCCCAAGACAUCGCCCAUACGGAGGAAACGUUCAAUGAAAUCACAAAGGUCUAUCAUGAAAUGUACGCACCUGGACUCAGUUCUUUCUUUGAGUCAGGAUGGUACUACCUGACUGAAAACGGGAAGAUGUCAUUUCCCAGAAACCAGCGUCUAGUGGAGUUAAUGGCGUCUUUUUUGAAGACCUUGGAAGCCGUGAAAGCCAACGAUCAUACCCAGAUGGCUUACUCGGGCAUUCUUGAGACACGGCUCGUGUGGGAGCUUGCUCAAGCAGUGUAUGAUACCCCUGCUGCGGCCACUGCCAUCAAUACCACGACGCUCCCACGCGAAGGUGAUGCUAAGGAGACCCAAAGCCGUGUCAAAGUUGUCGAAGCACUUUUAUGCGGAGAUUAUUUGACAUCCAAUCCGCUCUCUCCACCAGUCUCUGACACUGACGAUUCUCGAACCCGCCAAUUUGAUUUCUGGUACUCUCUGGGCCAGUUCAUACUCACACGAGAGAACCCCAAUUCUUCGACUGCGGUCAAGGCCAGGGAGGAGGUACUCACAAGAAUGCGUUAUCUUCUAGAUGGUUGCGAAAACCGUGAUGUACUUUAUUCGGUUGCUGUUGUCCGAGAGCUUGCUCCUUACUUCGACUCUCCAUAUGGCACAUCUGCCGCCCAAUACGUCGAUGAAACCGACCCCCAGAACCGACUUUCAGUUGCGUCCAAAUUCAUUUUCGACGAAUCCCAGUUACCAGGCGGGACAACCAACGUGGUGCGACGGAUCAGUGACAUCGCACAUAGAGCCUUCGUCAACCCCGGCGUGAACAUUGCUCGACGAACCUAA